CUCGCCGUGCCGGGUCGGAUCUCACUAACACCACCUCACCUCACCUCGCCGUCUCCUCCUCCUCCUCCCCCCGAUCGGAUCGGCCCGGCUCCUCCUCCUCCGCCGCCGCCGCCGCCGCAGAUAGGAGAAGAUGGCCGCAGUUGAUACCUUCCUCUUUACCUCGGAGUCCGUGAAUGAGGGCCACCCUGACAAGCUCUGUGACCAAGUCUCAGAUGCUGUGCUUGAUGCCUGCCUCGCCGAGGACCCUGACAGCAAGGUUGCCUGUGAGACCUGCACCAAGACUAACAUGGUCAUGGUCUUUGGUGAGAUCACCACCAAGGCCAAUGUCGACUAUGAGAAGAUUGUCAGGGAGACAUGCCGCAACAUCGGUUUCGUGUCAGCUGAUGUCGGUCUUGAUGCUGACCACUGCAAGGUGCUUGUGAACAUUGAGCAGCAGUCCCCUGACAUUGCACAGGGUGUGCACGGCCACUUCACCAAACGUCCUGAGGAGAUUGGUGCUGGUGACCAGGGACACAUGUUUGGAUAUGCAACUGAUGAAACCCCUGAGUUGAUGCCCCUCAGCCAUGUCCUUGCUACCAAGCUCGGAGCUCGUCUUACAGAGGUUCGCAAGAAUGGGACCUGCGCAUGGCUCAGGCCUGACGGAAAGACCCAAGUGACUGUUGAGUACCGCAACGAGAGUGGUGCCAUGGUUCCUGUCCGUGUCCACACCGUUCUUAUCUCCACCCAGCACGAUGAGACAGUCACCAAUGAUGAAAUUGCCGCUGACUUGAAGGAGCAUGUCAUCAAGCCUGUCAUUCCCGAGCAGUACCUUGAUGAGAAGACAAUCUUCCACCUUAACCCAUCUGGUCGCUUCGUCAUUGGUGGACCUCAUGGUGAUGCUGGUCUCACUGGCCGGAAGAUCAUCAUUGACACCUACGGUGGUUGGGGAGCUCAUGGUGGUGGUGCUUUCUCUGGCAAGGAUCCGACCAAGGUCGACCGCAGUGGAGCAUAUAUUGCAAGACAAGCUGCCAAGAGCAUUGUUGCUAAUGGCCUUGCUCGCCGCUGCAUCGUCCAGGUCUCAUAUGCCAUUGGUGUCCCUGAGCCACUGUCCGUGUUUGUCGACACAUACGGCACUGGCAGGAUCCCUGACAAGGAGAUCCUCAAGAUUGUGAAGGAGAACUUCGACUUCAGGCCUGGCAUGAUCAUCAUCAACCUUGACCUCAAGAAAGGUGGCAACGGACGCUACCUCAAGACGGCGGCUUACGGUCACUUCGGAAGGGACGACCCAGACUUCACCUGGGAGGUGGUGAAGCCCCUCAAGUGGGAGAAGCCCUCUGCCUAAAGCUCCCUUCCGGAAGCUUUUGCCCUAUCCCAUUAUGAUGUUUUGUUUCCUCUCCGCACAGCAUUGUGAUUCUUAACCUUGCCCCUUGCUACCAUUUAUACCCAUGCACGUUACUCUCCUAAUAAUAAGUACUUGUAAGGGUAUUGUGUUUGGAUAUUUACCUAGAGGAGGAGGAUUUAUGAUCUGUUAUUCACUGUUUGAUGCUUUGUAAUGGUCAAAGAAGGAAAUAUGCUACAGCUACUUCGAGAAGAAAUGAAAACCUCCUAUGUUUUGGUUAUCCU